CUUCCACGCUGCGCAUUGCCGCCGCCGGUGAUGAGAUCGUCGUGUCGCCAAGUCCGCCUCGUCGGAGCGUACCCGUGAUGAGGGUCCAGCUCGAGCCAGUCGUUCCAUCACAAUGGCGCGACGCAUGACGUCAAUGCAUGUGAAAGUCGGGCUCGCGCACACUCGACCACAACAUCAGCGCAGCCUCGGUCUUCUUCCAGCGACGAGGAAAUACCAAUUUAUCCCUCAAAGUAAAAGCUCUCGCAAUGGAAAACCCAGCGAAAGACAUCACCGGCGUGAUCCAUCUGCUCACACAAUCGCCGCCGUCGAUACAGCGCGAAACAAUCGAGACAUACUUCACAUCAAAUGCGUCUUUCACGCAUCCGUUUUGCCGGACCGGAAGCUUUGACAACUCCCGGUCCCUAAUUAGGGCGAUAUACCGGUGGUACAAGAUAUUGAGUCCUAAGAUUGAGUUGACGGUCAAUUCAGUGGCAUACGACGAGCGAAACCUCAUCCUUUACGUCAACAUUACUCAGGUCUUUGGCAUCUGGAUGGUCCCGUUCCACCGUGCGCGCGUGAACCUCACCACCGUUCUCGAGCUCAAGCAAAAUCGCGACGACAAUAAAUAUUACAUUCAGAGCCAGAAUGAUCUGUACCAGACAGAUGAGUUCGUCAAGUUUGUCAUACCACCGAGCUGGAUCUUCGUGUGGCUGUGGCAGUUCUGGGCGACGUUCUUCUGCUUCUUGGGAGUGUUUGCGUUGUGGCCGAUAAGCUAUGCAGAGCAGUGGGCGUGGGAUGAAGGCGAAUCUCGGAAGGAUCGGAAGCGCGAGGAGGGAAGGAAAGCGCAGAAAGGCUCAGACUUGCUUGAUGGCAUUGAGCUACAGGACCUUGAGCGAAAGGCGUUGGUAAAUAACCCUAGCAGAUAGUCGCCGAUACUGCAGCUACAUCAGUGCGGCCCUGAAAGGUACCAACGUAGCUCAGAAAAUAGGAUUUUUUUAGACCUAUAUGUUAGGUCGUCUG